UGCCCGGGAACCAGUAAAAAAAUUUCGAUGUGGGUACGGAGAAAUUUUUUUGAUCCAUGUACUACUACUGUGUACAGUGCAUAUGAGGCCUGCAGACGCACUGUGCCUGUACUUACAUGACUGUACUACUCCGUGGAGACGUCUGGAGCUGUGUUCAGAACGCACUGCAUGCAUUCAUGCAGUAACAAUACUAGCCCAUGAUAGGGGUCCGCGUGAAACGACCGAAUAGUACUCGAAAAUCGAAAUAGAAAAUUACAAGCACGCUCAUCGAUUAUUCGAAAAGUUUCGAUUACUAGUCAUGUACAUGACUUUGUACAGUCAUGUACUGACUGUACUUGUACAGUGUAGUACUCGAUUAUGCACACAGUGCGCAUGUGCAGAUGAUUGUAGAUCGUCUGCGCCGAUCGGUGCGCGCGAGAUCAGCUUUGCGGUGUGCAGAAACAUGACAUCCUGAAGUGCUACAUGUACGCUUGGCUGCAUGCCGCUUCUGUGUUCACAUAGUUCACGCUUGGCUGCACGCCGCUUUAGCGUUCACAUAGUUCACGCUUGGCUGCACGCCGGGCAUGACGCUCCAGCUUUCAGUUCACCACUGUUCACGCUUGGCUAGCUUGUUUGUGUGCCAUCACCGCACACACGUCUUGCUGGUGCCGAUCCGACAUGUCAAUGACAGGCCUAGUACAAUCCUGUACAUGUACAUGUACAUCACACCUACCAUCUGCACUAGUAACAGGUGUAACAUGUUACUGUCUGUGUUAGUGGAGCUGGGGGCCAGCCUGGGGCACCUUUGUGAUACUCCCGCAUCCUACUACUGAACUGGGUGCUGUUUAGACUUUAGUGUUUGCUGAGCCAUGCACUGCUCCGCGGUCCGGUCCAUAGUACACAGUCCGUGAACCUAUAAAGUACAGAGUCUGAAGUUCGGUAGUUACAUCGAUUCCUGGGUCUCAAAGUCAUUUCCUUUGCAGUUUGUUUUGACAAGGUUGGUUGUGUUUUUGACGGUGCUUUCGCUUUGUGAAACAUGAAGCGUCGACAUCCAGAGGGCCAGCGCUCUAUUCAGAGCUAUUUUCAGCAGCCGGCAAAGCGUGCAGCCAGUGACGAAGGUCAUGCGACAGAAGAGAAUGCGGACGCAGCGGCACCUGACUUGCAAUCGGAGUCUGGAACGAGUAGCGCAGAGGAAGACAUCGUUGGCGAAGCUGUCGAGUCUGCAACGAGCAGCGCAGACGAAGAAAUCGUCGGCGAAGCUGUAGACCAACCGUUGUUGGAAGCGGCUGGAACAUGCAAGGCUUACUUCACCGACAUUGGAGAGUGUUGGAAGGGGUAUUCUGCUGGUGGACUUCCACAGUGGAAUCCAGUGCCCCGAAAUUUGCCGGACACGGACAAGAUAUCCGUGAUCGAAAAUCAUUGUGCGCCGCAGAAGGACUUCAUAUUUCCUGUACGUGUCCAGACGGAUGGAAAACAGCGCCGCUUUCAGCGAUCCUGGUUGGAGGAAUUUCCCUGGAUAGUUUAUUCACCGGCGUGCAACGGCGGCUUCUGCUUGCCCUGUGUCAUGUUUGCACCAGACGAUCCGAAGCUUGGGCAGCUUUACCGCAGUCCUCUGGAGAAUUUCACCCGAUUCAAGACUGCUUGCAACCGUCAUGCUGAACAGAACAUCCACAAAAACGCCUUGGCAAAGUUCAGUCAUUUCAAGUCACAAGUGCGUAGCAACGACAUCGUCCAGCAACUUGUGGAUGUUAACUCCACCCAGUCAGAGGAGAACAUGCAGAAACUCCGUGGGAUUGUGGAAACGGUGAUUGUCUGCGGCAAGCAGAAUAUUCCUCUACGUGCCCACCGAAAUGAACUGUACAAUCCAGGUCGAGAUGAACAAGUAGCUGGGAAUCCUGGUAAUUUCCUGGCUCUUAUGGACUUCCGUGCUGGUGCCGGUGAUGCCUCUGUGUCCAGGUCGUUCCACAAGAAGCCAGGUGGCGGCAGGUCCAUCAAGUACACAACACCAAGAAUUCAAAACCAGCUUGUGGAAUGCUGUGGGGAUGAUAUCAGGAAACAGAUUCUGGACGAAGUGAAGAAAUCACCAUUCUUCACCGUGCUUGCUGAUGAAGCCACCGAUGCAAGCAACACAGAGCAAAUGGCAAUUGUUCUACGCUACCUGGACUCUACUUUCCAGGUCACUGAGGCAUUUCUCUCCUUCGUAGCUUGCAGCAAUGGCACCACCGGUGAAGCUCUCGCAAACGAAAUCAAGACCCAGCUGCUAAACUGGGGCCUUGACAUGACCAAGCUGAGGGGCCAAGGCUAUGAUGGAGCCGGAAACAUGGCAGGUGAUAUCCGAGGCUGUGCCGCUCGUAUUACUGCUGAAUAUCCCAAGGCUCUCUACCUGCACUGCUGCUCGCAUGCCCUCAACCUGUGCAUAAUGGCUGCAUCGAAGAUCAAUUCUGUUGCUGCCAUGUGGACAACUCUGCGCGAGGUUAGCUUCUUCUUCAACUCUUCUCCGAAACGGCAGCAAAAGCUAAGUGAAGUGAUAACUGCAUCGACUCCGGAUGAGGUGAAGGCACGGAAGCUGACUGAUCUUUGCCGAACCCGCUGGUCUGCACGCCAUACAGCUCUGGUAACAUUUGCUGCGCUUAUGAAACCCGUCAUCCGCACUCUCGAAGAGAUAAGUUCUGCUCCUCGUACCGAAUGGAACAGCAACACUGCCGGUCAAGCUAGUGCCUUCCUGAAGUCCCUCUUGUCCUUCGACUUUAUCGCGGCAUUUGGCAUUGUUUCAGAGGUGAUGAGCAUCAUCCAGAGUUUGACAUCUUCCCUUCAGGAAGCAUCUUUGGAUAUCGUCCAAGCAUACCGCAAUGUUGGAGCAGUUCACCAGCAACUGAAGGAUGCCCGUGAGAAGGUGACAGAGCAACAUGGCAAAUGGUGGGCCACUGUGAUCUCCACGGCCAGUGACUUUGACAUCACGCCAUCAACACCUAGGACAUGUGGCAGGCAGCAGCAUCGAGCCAACGCACCGGCAGCUACACCCCAGCAGUAUUAUGAGAGAACACUCACAAUCCCAAUGUUGGAUGAGCUGUCUGGUCACAUGGAGAGUAAAUUCAGCAAGCACCAGCGCACGGCAGGUAUGGGUUUGAGUCUACUCCCAGCAAGCAUUGUGAAGAGCCCAGCGACAUGCAAAGUGGCAGCAUUGGCCUUUGCAACGGAGUACGAGUCCGAUCUACCUGGAGAUCAGUCAUUGUCUUCCUUCUCUGCAGAACUGGAUCGCUGGAUUGCACUGGCAUCAACAACAGCACAAGCAGACCUACCUUCCAGUGUUCCUGACGCACUAUUGCUUGCACAAAGUACGCUGUCGCCAUGUAUCCUUCGCCUGCUUUCCAUUGUUGCUGUUCUGCCAGCCACCUCCUGCUCCUGUGAGCGCAGCAUCAGUUCCCUUCGUCGACUCAAAACGUACCUCAGGUCAACGAUGACAAACCACCGUCUCUGUGGCUUGGCUCUACUCCAUGUUCACUACACAAGGCAAGUGAAUGUGGAAAGUGUGAUUCGUCAGUUCCUCCUGAUGGCACCAAGAAACAUUAUCGCACCUGUCUCUGCUACCAGUGUGGCUGCUGUUGAAUCGUCAGAGAGUGAUGACAGUGACUUCAGCAAUGAUGACAGUGAGUAAAGUAUUCACACCCUUGCUUUUCCAUUGGCUGCAAAUAUACUUCCCCAAAUGAAAGACCAACUACUUACGAUUUCAGCUAGCGACUCCUG